AAUAAAUGUAUUUUUUUAAUUAUACCUUACAUUCUUCUCAUUUAUUUCAGAUUUCUGUUCUCUGACUCUGGACCCCAACACAGUAAAUCAGCACCUCAUUCUGAGUGACAACAACAGAGUGCUGAGACACAGCUGGAGAGACCAGGAGUACUCUGAUCAUCCGGAGCGGUUUGACUACCACUGGCAGGUGUUGUGUGAGGAGAGUAUGCUUGGACGCCAUUACUGGGAGGUGGAGUGGAUGCGAGAUGACGAUGUGGAAAUAUCCGUCUCGUACAGAGAGAUCUGCAGGAAAGGAUGGCGCGACGAGUGCAAGUUUGGACGCAACGAUCGGUCCUGGUGUCUGCGCUGUUCUUCCACGUCUCUCUGUUUCUAUCACAACAACAUUCAGACCGAGAUCCAAGGGCCAUCAUCCUCCAGAAUAGGAGUGUAUGUGGAUCACAGUGCAGGAACUCUGUCCUUCUACAGCGUCUCUGACACGAUGAAGCUCCUCCACAGAGUCCACACCACAUUCACUCAGCCUCUAUACGCUGGGUUUGGGAUCUACUUGUUAGAUGACGAUAUAACUGUGAGGUUGUGUGAUCCUUAGUAAUGUGUGUAGUGCAGUAAGAUGUGUCCCAGUUUCUCACAACUAUAUAUAUUGUUAAAUUGACUUGUUAAUCUCUGACACUUGUAGGAAUACAAAUAUGAGAGUCACU